AUGAGUGCCGAAGAAUAUAAAACUUUAGGGAAUAAAGCGUUCUCUGCACAUGAUUACAAAACUGCCAUAGAGCAGUUCACAAAAGCAAUUGAGCUUGAUUCGAAAAACCACGUACUUUAUUCAAACCGUUCUGCUGCCUAUGCGUCUUUAAAGGACUACUCUAAAGCGUUGGAAGACGCAAAUAAGACGGUAGAACUUAAAAAUGAUUGGGCAAAGGGCUAUAGUCGUAAAGGAGCAGCUCUUCAUGGUCUUAAUAGGCUUGAGGAGGCUCUCGAGACAUAUCAAGCUGGCCUCAAAAUUGAGCCAAAUAAUGAACAACUCAAAAAGUCGUUAACGGAAGUUGAAUCUGUACUCGCUUCUUCAAAUCCUUUCAACAAUUUGAUCCCGCGAAUUGCUGCUCAUCCCAGUUUGAAAAAAUAUCUCGAGGAACCAGAUUUUUUGCCAAAAAUCCAAGCUAUUCAACGAGAUCCCAAACUACUUUCAAUGUAUUUGCAAGAUCCUCGUAUAGGUGACGUGCUUAAACAUAUUUUAGGAAUUAAUUUCGGAUUUGGAGAUCGCGAGAUGGAUAUCUUCGACAAUCUGCCUGAGCAAAACAACGAACCCAAAGAAACGCCAAAGACAGAAUCUGAACCUGAACCUGAAAUAAUUACCGAAUCAACUGAGGAACAAAUGAAAAAGAAAGAAGCAGACAAAGAGAAGGAGUUCGGUAAUGAGGCUUACAAAAAAAGAGAAUUUGACGAAGCGUUAAAGCAUUACGAUAAAGCUUGGGAACUGGAUCCUACAAAUGUAACGAUCCUAACAAAUAAAGCUGCUGUUUUGUUUGAACAAGAAAAAUAUGAAGAGUGUAUUAAUAUUUGUAAAGAAGCGAUUGAAGUAGGUCGCGAGCAUCGUGCAGAUUACAAACUGGUUGCUCGUGCAUAUGGAAGAAUCGGAAACGCAUGUGUAAAACUCGAUAAAUUUGACGAUGCUAUAAAGUACUACAACAAAUCACUAACAGAGCAUCGUACUCCGGACAUUCUUAAAAAACUCAACGAGAUUGAAAAAUUGAGAGUAAAGCGCGAAAAGGAAGCCUAUUACAAUCCUGAACUUUCUGAUCAAGCACGUGAACGCGGCAAUGAACUUUUCAAGAAAAACGAUUUUGCCGGUGCAGUAAAAGAAUACACUGAAGCGAUUAAACGUAACGAAAAAGAUCCACGAGCGUACAGUAAUCGUGCUGCUUGUUAUACCAAGCUUAUGGCAUUCCAAGAAGCUUUGAAGGAUUGUGAAACUUGUAUUAGUUUCGACCCUACUUUUGUGAAAGCCUAUAUUCGUAAAGCCGCGGUAGAAUUUUUAAAGAAAGAAUAUGGAAAAUGCUUAGAAACGUGUGAACUUGCACGUCAACAUGACAUUGAAAAAAAGCAUGCCACUGAGAUUCUCCAGCAGAUCCGUAAAUGUCACGAAUCAAUGGGUCAAUCAGAAUCUUCUCAAGAAGAAGUAAUGGCAAAAGCAAGGAAUGACCCUGAGAUUCAGAGAAUUCUCCAUGAUCCUGUCAUGUCCCAAAUUCUGUCGCAAGCCCAAGAAGAUCCUCGAGCACUUAUGGAACACAUGAAGAAUCCAGAGGUUGCCAAUAAUAUUCGCAAAUUAAUGAAUGCUGGAAUUCUGAAACUAGCAUAA